UUUUUCCUUCAGAUAUGUAAUAUCCUUUCCCCUCUUCAUAGUGAGCCAGCAGAUGGGAUUUAAAUGCUACACCAUGGGAUAGGUAUUUUACAAAGACUGGUUGUGAGCAGUCCUCACAGGAUCAAGUUGGUGGUCACCCAACGUGCUUGCAGUUCACAGCAAAUAUGACAGAGGCUGUCAAAACCUAUCAGUGGCAAUGCAUCGAAUGCAAAUCCUGUAGCCUCUGUGGGACUUCUGAGAAUGAUGACCAGUUGCUCUUCUGUGAUGAUUGUGACCGUGGUUACCAUAUGUAUUGCUUAAAUCCACCAGUCUCUGAACCCCCAGAAGGAAGCUGGAGUUGUCACUUGUGCCAAGAACUACUCCAGGAGAGAGCAUCAGCUUUCUGCUACCAGCCCUAGAUGAGAAUAAAGGAUUGGGCUUAUUCUUGAAUCUGUAGCACCAGCACACCAUGAUCAUCCAUCACAUAGGCUAUGUGUAACCAUAAACACACUCUUGCCCUCACGAAAGGGUGAACCCUCAAAGAAGCACCCAUAGCAUUUGCUUCUCCAGGGUUACAUUUCACCAAGAAUUGACCUCCUGGGUUCUACUAGAAGGAGUACACCUUUGAGGCAAGGGGGAGGAUUCUGUGUUCCAAAUGAAUCAUUUUCCCCUGCAGUGCAUGAUUGCAGGUCUGUUGUAAUAGAUUCAUAUGUGUUAUGAUUAUAGCAUAAAGGGGAGCUGUUGUAACUGUUGGUAUUUAGACAUUUAAAUU